AUGGCUUCGCGACUUGUGUUGGUCCUAGGCGACCUCUUCAUACCAGAUAGAGCUCCAGAUAUACCUGCGAAGUUCAAGAAGCUCCUCGCUCCAGGGAAGAUAGGCCAAAUCCUCUGCCUCGGCAACAUCACCGACAAAGAAACCUACGAGUUCCUCCGCGGCAUCGCGCCCGACCUACAAAUCGUCAAAGGCGACUUCGACGUCGAAGCACCCAACCUCGCCCUCUCAAAAGUAGUCACACACGGCAGCCUACGCAUAGGUUUCACGCACGGGCACACAAUAGUGCCGCCUGGAGAUGGCGACAGUUUGCUCAUAGCAGCGCGGCAGAUGGACGUCGAUAUUCUGCUGUGGGGCGGCACGCAUAAGUUCGAGGCAUAUGAGAUGGAGGGCAAGUUCUUUGUGAACCCAGGGAGUGCGACGGGGGCUAUGACAACGGGGUGGUGGACAGAGGAGGAAGAGCCUGUGCCGAGCUUUGUGCUAAUGGAUGUGCAAGGGGACGUUCUCGUGCUGUACGUGUACCAGUUGCGUAAGGAUGGAAACGGCGUGGAGAACGUUGCUGUGGAAAAGGUCUCGUUCCGCAAGAAUGGCGGUGGGGCGUCAUGA